UCAGAUGUUGCUACUAUACACUUUCUUCCUCUUCCUCUUGAUGGCCCAUGCGUUUUCCUUAAACUUCAUCUUCCCCAGUUUCAAUCGCGAUCAUUAUAACAAUAUAUCGUUUGAAUUAGCAGCUGACAUUUCAGAACCACACCUCUACUUAACAGCAAACCAGGGGGGUCAAUCCUCGCAAAAUAGUCAAGGUCGAGCCACAUAUAAGCAGGAGAUGCGCCUGUGGGACAAAGACACUGGGAAACUCGCAAAUUUCAACACCAGUUUCACCUUUGUGAUUGAUUCACGGGGAAGUAGUCGGUAUGGAGAUGGGCUGACCUUCUUCUUAAGCCCUACUGGUUCAAAGCUUCCUGAUCGUAACGACGUUGGAGGAGGUUCUAUGGGUCUAAUUAUUGGAGGCAACGAAACGAUACUUAAUUCAACAGAUCAUCCUUUUGUUGCUGUGGAGUUUGAUAUCUAUCCCAAUGUCGAAUAUUACGAUGGGUGGGAUCCUCCGUAUGUACAUGUGGGUGUGGAUAUCAAUUCUGUGAAAUCUACUCGUACUGUUCCAUGGUAUCCCGAUGUCACAGGAGGCGGACAAAAUGAGGCUUUCAUCAGCUACGAUGCAAGUAAACAUAAUUUAAGUAUCUCCUUCACAAAUACUUCUGGUCCUUCUGCCAACACUGUGUGGCAGCAUCUUCAUCAAAUAGUUGACCUAACAAGGUACCUGCCUGAACGGGUUACGUUUGGUUUCUCAGCUGCCACGGGAUAUAAUUUUGCAACACACAGGAUCGACAAAUGGAGUUUCUACUCAGAUGAGUUCCCGAAAGAUGCUCCCAGUCCAAACCCAAGCCCAAGCCCAAGACCAAGUCCGAACCCAAGCCCAAGACCAGGUCCCAACCCAAGCCCAAGACCAGGUCCCAACCCAAAAAGAAAUGCCAUAGCACUUGCAAUAGGAUUAGGGGUUGGAGGGACGUUGGUUUUAGUUUGUGGGGUGCUGUUGUUUGCACUGUGGAAGAAUAAAAAGAAUAUGGAAGAUGAUGAGUCUAGUGAGAAAAUGAGUGAUGAUUUUGAAAGAGGAACUGGGCCUAAAAAGUACUCAUAUGCUGAACUAGCGAGUGCUACAAGUUAUUUCAAAGAUGAGCAAAAGCUUGGACAGGGAGGAUUUGGGGGUGUUUAUAGAGGUUUUCUCAAAGAUUCAAACUCCUAUGUGGCCAUAAAGAGAAUAUCAAGGGAUUCUAAACAAGGGAAGAAGGAGUUUGCUUCAGAAGUAAGAAUUAUCAGCCAACUAAGACAUCGAAACUUGGUUCAACUAAGCGGUUGGUGUCAUGAAAGAAAAGAAUUAUUGCUAGUUUAUGAGUACAUGACACAUGGAAGUUUAGAUUAUCAUCUCUUCAAGGACCAAAGCUUGUUGCCAUGGUCAAUUAGAUUUAAAAUAGCUCAAGGCUUGGCCUCUGCAUUAUUGUACCUGCAUGAAGAAUGGGAACAAUGUGUUGUUCAUAGAGACAUAAAAUCAAGCAACAUCAUGCUAGAUUCCAACUUCAAUGCAAAACUUGGAGAUUUUGGAUUAGCUCGGCUUGUAGACCACACAAAAGGAGCACAAACAACAGCUUUGGCAGGAACUAUGGGCUAUAUGGCACCUGAAUGUGUCACCACUGGAAGGGCUAGCAAAGAAUCUGAUGUCUUUAGUUUUGGAGUUGUUGUUCUAGAGAUACUUUCGGGAAGAAAACCCAUCAACCCCAAGGCUCCAGAAGAUGAAAUAAACAUAGUGCAAUCGGUAUGGGAUCUCUAUGGAAGUGGUAGAAUCCUGGAAGCAGUUGAUCCAAGGCUGCAAGGAGAUUUUAACCAUGAUCAAGUCGAAUGCCUCAUGCUUGUUGGGUUAUGGUGCGCUCAUCCUGAUCAAAAUCGCAGGCCUUCAAUAAGGCAAGCAAUUCAUGUGUUAAACUUUGAAGCUACAAUUCCUAGUCUUCCUUCAAGUUAUCCUAUACCAACGUAUGAUGAAUUUCCGGUGCCCUUAUCAUUUUCAAUUCUAUCCAAUGCCAAUGCUUCAGAGGUAAGUCCAAACAAGAACAUUAGCUUUAGUUCCAACACAAACUCUUCUGGUUACGCUACAACUUUCUGA